AUGGCAAUGUCUAAUUUGCGCCGUCUACUCUCCACGCCACCGCCGGACCUCUCCCGUCCCGCUGCGAUUUUCUCCACUGUCCGAUCGGAACUAUCUAACCCUGCAAAUCGGUUCUUCUCCAGUUCUCCGGAAAAGCUUCAAAGCCAACAAGACUUGCCCAACAAUCAGCACGAAGCUGUUAACGAACAAGAUCAGAUCCAGAAACUUCAAGAUCACGAAGAGGGGAACGAUGAAGACGACGGUGACGAACCUGAUAUGAACAAAGAGACCGGCGAGAUCGGUGGACCCCGAGGUCCCGAGCCUACUCGUUACGGCGAUUGGGAACGUAAUGGUCGUUGCUCUGAUUUCUAA